CCAGAAUAUGUCUACUCUGGAUCCCACCACAGGAUUUACCUGCGUUGCCUGCCAUCUGGUGUUCAAAACGCCAGAACUUCAAAGGGAGCACUACAGAACAGAUUGGCACAGAUACAAUUUGAAAAGACAGGUUGCUGAACUUCCUCCAGUGACUGAUGAGCAAUUUCGCGAAAAAGUUAUUGCGUUCAGAAAUGAGCGAGAGGCUCAGAAGAAAGAGCAAGAAGACGAGUCGUUGCUAUAUUGUUCGGUGUGCCGAAAGAAGUUGAAGUCGAAAAAUGCUCUGGCAGAUCAUAUUGCCAGCAAGAAGCAUAAAGAGAUGGAAGAGAGGGAGCCGAAAGGACCACGACAACCAAGAAAGAAGACGACCGAGCAACGUACAUCAUCUACGAAGGAAGAGAACGAUGUAGACAUAGAUGCCGUAGAAGAUGAAGAAGACGAUGAUAGCAGUUCUGGAUGGGUGACGGAUAAUGGAGAGGACGACGAAGACCUCGAUUUUGACGAAAGCGAGGCCCUUCCUAUCACGUCAUGUUUAUUCUGUGCUCAAACCAAAGCAUCGAAAGAAGAAGCCCUUGAGCAUAUGCGCUUCCAUCACGGUUUCGUUUUACCAGAUAAGAAGUAUCUUGUCGACGAAGACGGAAUGCUCAAGUACUUAGGGCUCAAAGUAGGAGCAGGGAGAUGUUGUAUUUAUUGUCCGGAUGUGAGAAGUAGGUUCGCCACUACGGCUGCUUGUCAAACACACAUGCGCGACAAGCAACAUUGUAAAGUAAAUCGCGAUCCGGAAGGGAUGCUGGAGUUUGCUGAGUAUUACGACUACAGUCCAAUGUACGAAAACGAUAAUGAUGAAACCUCUUCUGAUGCUUUCUACGAUGACGGCUGGACAUUGACAUUGCCAUCAGGCGCAAAGAUUGGACAUCGCUCGCUAAUGCUUUACUAUCGGCAAUAUCUUCGUCCAACUGAUGGAACCAAGCCAGACGUAGGAAAAGCUGCCCUAGAGAAAGCUCGCGGGCUUUAUCCAGCAUUAGCUUGGACUGGCACGACUGGAGUUGUCGCCAAGCAGACUGCCAAAGAUAUCAAAUUUAUGGAGCGCUAUAGAAGACGUUUCGAUUUGCGAGUGGGUUUGAAGUCGAACAAAUUGUUCAAAUCUCGCGGACGAAUGGGUGAUAAUUGAGUUCAUCUGCCAGAGAUUCUUUCGCAUCUUGUUGUGAUACGAAACCAAUGUAAAUAUCUGUCAAGUUCGAUUCUUUCGUUAGAGAUUAGAGAUGUUAUUUCUUUUACAAUAUUAUCUUUUGUUUCUGUUGAGAUGCCUACUUGUUACCCUGUUGAUAUAGUUAUGCCUACAAAGCCUUUGCAGGCAGUGGGGUCGAAUGUUUCACGUGCCGUUUUUCAUUACCAUGUUUUUUGAUAUGAUGGGCUACGUCUAUUGUACAAAAACCAGUAUAAUAAAGUACAAUUUUUCAAA